AUGUAAUUUUUAAUUGCAAUUCCAUUUUUUUUGAUUGGUUAUACUUUUUCUAUCGAAUUAGAAACUCUUGAAUAUUAUUCUGAAAAAUAUUCACUAGGAACCAAACUUACAUUAAAAGGAGAUGCCACACAAUUUUGUUAUGUGCAAUAACAAUAAAUAGUAGAAAAUAUAUUAAGCAAAACAGAAUUUUAAACUGAUGCAAUUGCCUUCACAAAGGCAGAAGAUCAAUCUCUUAUAAUAUUGAAUUCCAAAGGAUAGAUAUUAAAUGAAGAGUAGAAUAUUUUGUUAACUUUGCCUAAAUUUGAAUUCAAAGAUUGUAGAAUGCUAUCCAACUCUUAAAGUGUUGCUGUAUACUGCUUCGAUAGUCAGCAUUUAUAUGUAAUACAGAAUUUAAAGAAUGUAACUGAAUAUGAACUUCAGGAUAUAAAGGAUAUAUAAAUAAUCUAGGAGAGAUAUAUUGUCCUACAAGGAAAAUAGUUGUUUUUUAAUUUUUAAGAAGUAAUAGACUCUCUAAACAUCAAUUCAAUUGAAGUAUUUAGAAUAAUAAAUAACAAAACUUUAGUGUUCGUAGCAACACAAAAUUAAACAAGUGCUAUUUAUAUUUAUAAAUUUAUCCUCGAUUAAUUUGUUUAUAAAAGGAAGGUCAUUCUUAAAAGAUUAUACUAAAAUCUAACAUCAAUUUUGAUGACAGAGAAUGAAGAUAUUUACAUAGCAACUCUUACCCAAUUAAUAAAAUAUGAUGGUUCAGAAACUGUAUAUGAGAUUAAGAACACACAAAAAUUGUAUUAUCUCAAUAAGCAAGAUGUGGUCAUUGCCAUCAGCAACUUUGGCGUAUUUGAGUAGGAAGAUGAUGAGAUAAAGCUGUAAUUUUAAGGAUAUUGA